UCAUUUUCAUUUGGAUGGCUCCGAACAGCUGUCAAAUUUGAUAACAAACCAAAACAUGAAAACCUCUCCGAAAUAACCAAAAUAUUCCACUUUACCAUCUAAAUUCCAGUACAAAACACAUCCGUUUAGCAAUGAAGUAAAUUAUCUGUUCAAACCUAAAAUUUAACGUGCUAAAACAUGUCUAAACCCGAGCAAAACCCUGGCGAAAGCUCCAAAGUUGGUGAAGAAGUAGAAAAGGGCAAACCUUGUAGUCAAAUAGAACCUGAUGAAGAUGAUAAUAAAGCUGAAGAAAGUGUGAAGCCGGACUUCAUCUAUGGAGGCCCAUUUAUAAACCAAAGACGUUUGGAUGGAAAACCAGGAAUGUUUGUUGAUGGGGUCACUCCAUACAACACUCAACUGCAGGGGACAUUUAAAAAAAGUUUUGCCUACUUUUCUCUGAAAGAAAGAAUGCCGAUUAUACUGACAAAAGUUAUUGAUCAAAUGUCGAAAAUGACUGAUUCAGAGCCGGAAGCCAAAGAAGUGAUAACAGAAAUAGCCAAAAUGAAAAAUGAACUUGUCACCAACAAAAUGUUUGCCCAUCUGUCUUCAACUACUAAGGAAGCACAACGAUGGAACGACUGGAUCACGGCCGCCCAAGUGCACAGUUACUUCAACAACCCGUGGGUAUUCAGCGAGUGCUAUGUGUAUAGACGAUUGCAGGAUAUCUUUGAGAGGAGCCCUAGCGAAUCCCUCCGCUCUUUCGACCCGUUCGCCGCUCAGAAGAAGCAAGCGUUCACGGACAACCUCGAGGCGAGUUGUUUAGCUGCGGACGAGUUGACCAGAUUGAUGAGUAGUGGCGAGAGCAAGCAGGCCAAGUUUGCUACGCUUUUGAGGCUAUCCUUAUGGGCUAACAAGUGCGACCUGUCUCUUUCUUGCGGCUCCGCCGUCGAUAUGAGCAAGGGAGAGGCGUAUAUCAUGGACCCUGUCAAGUGGAUACAGGAGUGGAAGAAAAAUGUCCUAGUGGAUAACAGCAGUAAAAUAAAACUAAACUUCAAGAAAGGGAAACCAAUCAACCCAGAAAAUAAAAAACUAAAGUGUAUAUGCAAAGAGCUAUGGAUGCCGCCUUUGGGUAAAAAAGGUAAAAAGGGGAAAAAAGGCAAGAAAGGCAAAAAGGGAAAGAAAGGAAAAAAAGAGAAGCUAUCCCCUGUAGAUGCGCCCCCCGAACCCCCGCCUGGGGAGAAAUACCCGUGUCCCACCAAGAUUGUCAAGAGACAGACUAUUAUGUUCGACAUAGUAUGCGACAACGCCGGCUACGAGCUUGUGACGGACUUACUGCUCGCGGACUUCGUCAUCCAGAGCACCAUCGCUGAGCGAGUCAGGUUCCAUGUGAAAAGUAUCCCGUGGUUCGUGUCUGAUGUCACGCCCAACGAUUUUACUUGGACAAUAGAGGCGUGUCUCAACUCCAGCUACAGUCGGACCGGCCCCGUGCGCCCCGACCCGCCGCCGGUCAAGAAGAAGAGCAAGAAGAAGAAGAAGACUGAGGGAGAAGUUAAGAAGGAGGAAGAACCAGCGGCGCCCCCCAAAGAACCUGAGAAACGGUCGGUCUCGGCCAACUCGCUGCGCGCGGCGGCGGCGCGCUGGCGGCAGUACGUGUUGGAUGGAAAAUUUGUUGUUAUGCACGACGACUAUUGGACAGCCCCGCACGUUUUCAACGACAUGAAAGAAUACGACUACAAUAUGUACAGGAAACUUCAGUACGCAUCUCUAAUACUGUUCAAAGGAGAUCUGAACUAUAGGAAACUGAUGGGGGAAGUGUGUUGGAACCCACUGACGCCGUUUCAGAAGGCUUUACAAGGUUUCCACCCGGCCCCGAUAAUUGCCGUGCGCACGGUAAAAUCCGACCUGAUAUCCGGAAUGCCGAAACCGAAGAAAUCCAAAAAGAAGAAGAAGAAGAAGAAAGGCAAAGGGGACAGGUUAGCUGAAAUUACUGAGGCCGACCCUAAGUGGAUGGAGACAGGAAAUUACGGCGUAAUCCAGUACUGUAAGAAGAAGGAAAAACUGAAGAAGGCUGUGAAACCUUGUAAGGACUUCUUGGAUGAUUGCCAGGGGUACUGGUGCCCGCCGAACAAAGAACAAUACUCGUAAUAUUGAAGUUAGAUGUAUGGCACGGCCUCGGAACAAAAGCGGCUUAACUCAAAAUUUCUCAAUUUUGAUUUGCAGUCAGAAAAAGAUUUAAAAUAAUAUAUACGGGCACUGGAGCCCGCCUAACAAAGAACAAUACUCGUAAUUGAAGAGGUUUUAACUAAAAUAACGUUACUUGAAAAAAUAUUACUUACAAAAGAAAUUCCCAAUUUUGCAAAAAAUUGCUUAUCUUAGAUUUUUGUGUGACUUGCGAACUCGCCGAAAGGUGGACGCUUGACUUUUAUGUGGAACAAGGAAUAUGGAUUUACCCACUAAUCAUAAAUUAUGAAUAUGUAUCAUCCUUUAAAAUCAUGUCUAAUGUUACUUAAAUACAGUUAGCUAUGGGGACAAGGGUUUUAGCAUGUUAAAAUUUUACUAUACUAUAUCAACUCUUUUUUAAAAUCAUGUAAAUAAUAAUAUUCAAUAGAGUUCUUAUAACUCCAUACUUAAAAUAACUCAUCUCAUAUAAGGAAUGUUUUAGUUAUGAAUAUUAUAAGAUAUUUUAGAUCUGUAAAGAUUUGCUUUGCAAAAUAAAAUUUUACUUUGACUUUUAAGGUACUUAACUAAAAUCAAUUUCGGUUAUCUAUAUGCCAUAUUAUUGUUAGAUCUUUUAAAUUAUUCACUUUUUUACAUUGUUAGCACAACAUUUUUGUUACCUAAUUCUACAGUAAAUAAAUUAUGAAAAACAUAAAAA